GUCCCAAUUUUGACGGAAAUUUCAACCAAUUCGGUUCAUUCGCGUAGUCGUCGGUUGGAUUAGUGAGUGAUGUGAUGAGGAAAAUUUUCUAAAGUGCAAAAAUGCAGUGGAAAAUUGUGCUAUCGAUAGUGGUGGUGGGUGCUUUGGUGGAAAAUUUAGCCAUUGUUGAGGGAAUUUCCUGUUACAAGUGUUCAAAUUGUGUGAAACUUCCUGAAAACGUCGACACGAUAGAUGAUACCGAGCCGUGCGAAACUUCCUGUGCCAUAUGGAAAAAUUCCGCUGAUGAAAUUGAACGUGGGUGUAAACCUGUCGAUCCUGAAGUUGAAUUGAAACACGAAUGCUCUGAUGACUUGUGUAACGUUGCUAACAUUCCGAUUUGUAAGCAGUGUUCGGAAAAUCUGGAUGAUUGUAAAACCGUGUUUUGCAAAAUUAACGAUGACGAUGAUGAUGACGACGGUGGAGAUAAUGAUGAUGAUGAUGACGAUGGUCUAUGUUACAUCAGUAAAGGAGACGACAGCCGAGGCUGCGUAUCGAAUCUAGAGGACGGAUACAACGAAGACGACUAUUUAUUCUGCAGCACGGAAAACUGCAACCGAGUGGUGACUUGCGUGAAGUGCAAUUCGGCCGAAAAUCCCGACUGUCUUGAAAAUUGGGACAUUUAUGCGAAUCAAAGAUGUCCCAACGGAGAGGUGAUUUACGAAAAGGGUUGCUUUCGCGAGGAAUUUGAUGCCACAAACUUCCGGUUGGGAUGCACAAGUGAGCUGAUGGAUCCUGAUGCAAAGGAAAAUGAUAAUUUCAAAAAGUGUACGGACGAGAAUUGUAACAAAAGAGAAUUUAUGAGUUGUUAUAUUUGCGACAAAGAUUGUGAAACACUUAAAACGGAAGUUUGUACGGAAUAUUACACGUCAUGUUUGACGGGAUACUUCCGAAAUCCGAAGAGUUGGUACCGCGAUUGUACAGAUUUUGUAGAUCCCGCUGAUCCUGGAUUCGAUUUCUACGACGUGUGUAAUGAAACGCUGUGCAACAACCAAACCUUCCCGACCCACCUGCAGUGUUACCAGUGUACCGACAACUGUGACGUUCUUACCGACGCUGAACUCGAUUUUUGCCCUUCCACGGAAGCUCAAUACUGUUUCACCUUGCGGACAGACGGCGGAGAGCUGAUUCACGGCUGUGACCAGGACGCUCGCGCCGAUGAAUGUCAAGAGCGGAAAAAUUGCCUAACGUGCGAAUCGGGUGGCUGUAACGGUGCCGACCCGGAACCGGUACAGUGUGUUACCUGUGACUCCACAGAGGAUUGUAAAGCAACUGGAAACGAACCUAAGGAUUGUGAUUUCUUUGAAGAAUGCUUCUUGGAUUACGGCACGGGUGAGCUGACCAAAGGUUGCUCGUCAGGCUUGAACUCGUGCGAUUCGAACUCAUGUAAGGUUUGCAGUGAGUCUCGCUGUAACGAACACCAUUGCGUUCGGUGUAGUUCAGAAACGCUCGAGGAUUGCAUCUCCGGAAAGGGAAACGUCGGGUACGAGCUGUGUUCAGCUGAGGAGAAGUGCGUUGCCUUUGUGGACGAACAAGGAUUCACCGUCCGUGGAUGCAAGGCAAGCUUCCCGGAGCUGGACUGUACGGAUGAGAGCUGCAUUGAAUACGAUGGGCCAGGCAGCAAUGAUGAGCUGUUUCCGGCGAACGCCUGGCAGUGCCAUUACUGCACCGGUCUUGAUUGCGAUAUAGGUUCCACGACAACAAAAUACUGCCCAAGUAGCACCAAUCUUGGAUGUUUCACCAUGUUUGAUGGUGACAAGAUAACCGAUCGAGGAUGUGUUACCGAAGACAUGAGAUGCGAAGACGAUCCAAAUUGUUUCAGUUGCACCACUAGAGCCAACUGUAACGACCAAGAGCCAUGGGAGUGCAAUGCCUGUACCUUCAUAAAUGCCGAAGGCGAUUGCUUGGAAGAUCCGGAGCAAACCUGCAAAACCAUGACCGGUUGCGUAGCGUUCAUCGAUGACGACAACACGAUCGUGCGGGACUGCGCCCAAAACGUGCCCAAGUGUCGGGAUGGAUCGUGUGAGCUACGCUCGACAAACGAUCAAGACGUGUGCAGCGAUGGCGACGGCAGCUGGAAGGUUUGCGACUCGAACCUAGCGGAGGGCAAGUGCUGGCGCUACCAAAGGGAGGGUGAAGUCCGCACGGGAUGUAGCGAAGACCGGGACGAGAUUUGCGGAGCUGGAAGCGAGCAUUGCAAGGCGUGCAGCUCAAUCCUGUGCAAUGAGCAAGAGAUCGCCGAGUGUUCCUGCUCGGAUUGCGGCCAACAGUCCACGAAGCUGUGUGAGGAUCCCAACAGUAAAUGCUACGCGGGGAUCAAGGAUGGUCUGGUUAUCUUGGGAUGUUCAGAGGACUUGGAGUCCGAGGAAGGGGUCACUAUUUGCGAGGAAGUGCUGUGCAAUUCAGCGUGGAGCUGUCACUCAUGUUCGACUCAAGACGGGGAAGACUGCUUGCAUGAUACCGAGAGAAGCUGCGAAACCGUUCUAGGUUGUGUAACGCUGCUUGACGGUAGUAACGUUAUCCGAGGUUGCGCGGAAGAUCUCUGCGUUGAAGGUUGUGCUGAUGUUUGCAACACGGGGUUCUGUAACGAUCAGCAAGUGUGCUACGCCUGCGAGGACUGUGAAACGGUCAAUGAUCAACCGCUUAAGAUGUGCCAGCAGCAAGGUUGUUAUUCAGCGCAUGAUCUCGACGAGCGAACGAUCAGUCGCGGAUGCGCUGACGAAGCAACUGACGAGCAAUGUCAGCCUGGCGUCAACUGCAUCGAGUGCGUCCGAACCAUGUGUAACGUUGUCGAACCGUUGCGGGUGUCGCUGCAGUGCUCCCAAUGUGAUCUGGGAAGCUGCAGCGAUUACGCACCGGCACAGAGUUGCGACAGUGUCGGGCUUCUGAUUGAUCGAUGCGUGAAGUUUGCACCGCUGGGUGUUACGAUCUACAGGGGUUGUCUCAGCGGCAUAGCCGAUGCUGUCAAGGACGGGUGCAAGGUGCAGAGCGAGUUCUGUAAGUAUUGUGACGAAGACUACUGCAACACUGAGGAGUUGUCAUGCCACCAAUGUUCCACGGAGGAAGAAUCGUUCGGAUGUCUUCUAAAUCCGACUACCUCUACCGUGUGCAAACCUGGUGAUAGCUGUACGACCUGCUUGGACACUGACGGUCAUCUGCAUCGAGGAUGCACAAGCGAUUUGACUGGAACUUGUAGCAGAAAACCCGCGCAGCAUGAACAAUGUCAACAGCACGACUGUAACUCAGACAUCCUCCCAGCGGUUCGUCACGAAUGCUAUCAGUGCCAAAACUGCUUGCAGAUCAAGCAAAGUGACCGCAAGCCGUGCUUGCGAUACAAAGACAGCGAGUCCUGCUACGUGCAGGCAGUGGAUGAGCUCACUGUGCAUCGGGGAUGCACUUCGGACGCCCCCGAACAUUGUGAGAACUGUCUUCAGUGCAGCGAUGAAAACGGAUGCAACUCGAUGGGACCUUUGCAGAGAAACGAGCUCUCCUGCGUAAAAUGCACCAGCAACACGGAGUGCGAAGGAAAUGCUUUCGGAAGCCGUUGCGAAAAAGAUGCUCUGAUAGGUCGACCUGAUUCUUGCUACACGCAAUUCGUAGGAGAAUUCGUCAUCCAGAAGGGGUGCCUCUCAGAUCUAGCAGAGUCCAAUCCUUUCUACGACGAUUGCCAGCGGAGCAGCGGCAACUGUGCUACCUGUACAACAAAUGACUGUAACAAGGGAAAGGCUUGGUGCUACAAGUGUAAUUCUGUGGACGAUCCGGACUGUUCCGAUUCAGCAAAUCUGACAAGCUACCGAGCGGAAUGCGAAGCCGAAUGCGUUGCCAAACUGGACGACGAGGGAUUCACGGUGCGCGGAUGCAUCGAAGACUUUGAAGCUUUCGAUCGCGCAAGUUGUGAAGCUUCCGAGCUGUGCGAAGUUUGUGCGGGAAAGAACUGUAACACGGCUACACUACCAGCGGAAGACUACCAAAGCUGCUACCAAUGCGAAGGGUCGGACUCCAGUUGUCUUGAGGCAACAAUGGAAGCUAUGGUGAAAGCAUGCCGAAGGCAUGUCCCAAGCGAUCAGUGCUACACAUUCGCCGAGAACGCCACCUGGAUCACGCGAGGCUGCCUGUCGGAUCUGACCGAACCAUGCGUUGAGCCGUGCCUGGCUUGCGACGGUAUAGGAUGCAACCGGGAGUCCGUGCUGCAGCAGAACUCGCUGGUUUGCGUUACGUGCGAUGGCGCGGCAUGUGCGGGAGCGAAGGAAGGUCGGCGAUGCACGGAGAAGGUUCUGCUGGGACGGCAGGAUUCGUGCUACGAGUACGACGAUGGGGAAAUCGUGCGCAAGGGUUGUUUGAGUGAUCUGAAGAAGGGUGACGAAGCUGUGAAGGAGAGUUGCGAGUCGGAGGACUCGGAGAGUUGUAAGCUAUGCGAUUACAACAACUGUAACGGUGAGCACAAUUAUUGCGUGAGCUGUGACUCGAGCGAAGAUCCGGAGUGUGCUGGAAGGAUGAGUCCGGUUCCGGAAGCGCUACUAGAGGAUUGCGACGAGUCUAGAUGUGUUUCCAAAUUUGAAGGAAGUAACACAGUCAUCAAGGGAUGUGCAAGCGCUUUUGAACCUUGCCGGAAGGGUGAUCCCAAUUGCAGCGAAUGCGAGGGAAGUUUAUGCAACAAUGUCCCAUUCCCGGCGGAUCGAAUUCUGUGCCAUCAGUGCACCGCAUGCAACAUUCCUACGACGGAAGCCGCCAUUUGUGCACGCUACGAUCCGGCAGAGUCUUGCUACACCCGGUUGAUAGGAGGAACCAUUCAGCGCGGAUGUCUGUCGGAAGCUACGCUGCCGGAAUGCGACGACCAGUGCUUUACGUGUACAAGCAACGGAUGCAACAACGAACCAAGUCGAUACCAAAGUGAGCUGUCCUGUGUGCACUGUCAAGGGGGUAGUCAGUGUUCGGGGGCGACGUCGAACCAGUCAGAACGAUGCAUGGGAUCCGUUGCGUUGGGUGAAACUGACAAGUGCUACACGCUCAGUAGCAACGGGGAAGUGCUGGAAAGAGGCUGUCUAGCGAGUCAGCAAAACAGUUGUGGACAGCUAACGAGCUGUGAAGAGGAGACCUGUGCCUGCGACAACUGUAAUCUAGCGGACAAGAACAAGCAGUACACUUGCCACAAGUGCGAAGGAAAGGACUGUGGACAGGCGGUGUCCGUGGUUGGAGAAACGUGCAAUGGAGCAGCCUGCGUUUCGUACGUCUCCAGGGACGGACUGGUUUCAAGAGGUUGCUUGCAAGACUACGAGAGCUUGUGCUCGAUCUAUGGCAACCGACACAGUCUUUGCUUCGGGAACCGCUGCAACGGUGAGGUUUACCCAGUUGGAAGAAUGACCUGCUACCAGUGCAAGGACUGCACGUCAACGGAUCAACUACAAAGCCGCAUUUGCCAGAGGUAUGUCCAGCAAGACGGUUGCUACACGUUGACGGACGGAACCAGCGUCAACCGCGGAUGUCUGUCUGACUUGCCUCAGCUGAACUGUUCCGGAAACAACUGUGUCUCGUGCAGUGAACCCGAUUGUAACCGCCAAGACGUCACGACACCAACUGAAACACCAGCCCCAAGCACCACAACCGAACAAGCUGUCACAACCGAAGACCCCGAAACAACAACGGAAGUUCCGCUCCAGUCGUGCAUCAUCUGCAGCGAAUCCGAUACCGACCCAAGCUGCGCUUGGGGCUUCAAACCGUCAGCUGCCACCGCUUGUCCCCUGCUCAACGAAGCCGACUUUGGCUGUUUCCGAUGUAGUAAAGAUUCCCUCGCCGUACGCGGGUGCGCCGCUGACUUGGAUGAGACCAACUGCGACGACGGAACCAUCACCGACUGUAAAACCACCGGAUGUAACGGCGAGAGCUUCCUCCGGCAGCAGUGCGCCGUCUGUACGCGCGACUGUGAUGGAUCGCGGGCUUCUUUCACGGUGCAGCUCUGUCCGGGCAAUGUGGAGUACGAAAGCCGGGGCUGCUACCUGUUGCGGAACGCGCGACGGGUCGUUACGGAGCGUGGGUGCUUUGCGGAGCUUAGCGAGGAGCAGCGGGCGGAUUGUCUGCGCGACGGAGACGACUGCUGGCGAUGCACGGGAGAUGGAUGCAACGGGGGAGCGGCGAUGCGGGCGUUUUGGGUGGGAAUUUUAGGAGCGUUGGCUUUGGCGCUGGUGAGGGCGUGGUGAGAUUUGAUCAAGAACAGCCUUUAAUUUAUGUUUUGAAAUAAAUUCAACUCAAAGACAA